AUGCAAGAGAAGGUGGAGAGUGGAAGCCCUCGAAAUGCGCUGCGGCUUGCUCGAUCCCGCUAUCGUUUAAACGGGGACAGACUUCUUCGUAGUUUCGGGCUUAACUGGUUGAUGGGCAAGCACGCGGAAAGUACGGCAAAUGAGAUGAUGAUUCAAGAUUUACAAAAAAGAGAGACGAAGAACGGUACACGCUUUAGAGGAGAGGUUGCAAGAAUUUUUCCUCCGACUUUGAGCUCGACGUGGUGCGGUCCAACAGAAACUGUCCACAGAACUGGUGGACUUGGAAUGAGGGGUGACCAUUAUCAUCUCUCGCCCAUAGCUUCCAACCUCUUCCGCUUCCGCAAUUUCGCCUUUCGGGCUGGUUAUAUAGGCAUGACCAAAAAAUCCCCACCUGCGGUAAAAUCCUUCCUCGCUUACCCAGCUCUCCCCUUUUCAAACAGAUCACGUGCCAACUCAACUCAUUUCACUCAUCUAAAGUCUGCGUCCUGUGGCUAUUGCUAAAGUACGCUAUGCGCAGAAAGACGAGCACGCAAGGGAAAGAACAUUCGGAAAGUCCUGGAAAAUAUCAAGACUUGCCUGCACCUGUUCUCUGUGUUUCCCCCCUCGACUCUUUCGCUAAGUGCAUUACAUUCGCACUGCUGC